GGCCCUGGAUAACUGUGCCAGUCGGAGCAACCAUGGUUAAAAUUACAAACCAUGACGGAAAGGAUACAGCUUUUGGAAUGAAAAUAGAUGGAAAGAUCAUAUUCCGCCCCCGGUUUCGCAAUUCGAGAUAUCCCACUAACGGACUUGAAUCUCAGAGGUACACCAUCGGCGAUAUGCAUAUUUUGUUACGAUUGCAACACUAUGCAUGGUCACAGAUCAGGAUACUCUCGGGACCAACCACUAAGCCCAUCAACAUUGAAAUUAUGGAUGAGCGAUUAGGAUAUCAAACAGAAUAUUGGCUUCGUACAUACCCUGAGACAUUCUACGAGUGGUAUGAACCAAUCAGUGAUCCUGUCUCUUAUCAUUGGGACUUAAAUCCGUUAACUGAAUGCUCAGUAUCGUGUGGGGGAGGCAAUCAGACCAUCAUGCCCAUCUGUAUGGAGGAGAUAAAUGGAACGAGAGUGAACGUCAGUGAUCGGUUUUGUCUUAAAACAUCAGCCAAACCUUCUCACAUCCAUGACUGUAAUACUCAACUAUGUCCAGGAGCAAUAUGGUUGAUCGGUAGCUGGAGUCAGUGUUCGGUGACGUGCGAAAACGGGAUCAAGGAGCGCUUGGUUGAGUGUAUCGAAGGAUCGACUGGAGAGGUGUUAGCAGCCAGUGAGUGUGUCGUAACAGAAGGAUACACACCUAUGAAUAAUACCAUGCCAUGCUCUCAACCAGUUUGCCCAACGGGUAACCCUACAUUGUCAGCUGAAGAAGAAGCAACCAUCUUGACCACGUAUAAUGACUCCAUAACACAUUCAUCUCAUGGGGGCCUUCCACCAGUUCUCUCUAUUCCAUUACUUAGUUUUAUACUCGUUGUUUCAGUAGAGUGUUGCAUAAUUACUAUAUGAUGCAAGAAAUGUAAAAAGAUAUGAGAUGACAAGUUUGUUUCAGUACAACACUGCGCUUAGAGAUUUGGAAGAAAAAAACAUUCCAGAAAAGAGAUGUUUUGCAACCGUCCAAAUGAGUAAUGCGACUGUUCUGCUUUAUAACACAGUUGGCAGCAGACAACAUCAAAUGAAGAAAAAAACAUAUUGAAGAUAAUAAAAAUCAUCAAAAUUAAUGUUUGAAAGUUAUAUCCAAAAUGAGUGAAAUACAAAUUGUAGCUGCUUACAACGAAUGAUAAGCAACUAAGAUAGACCUGAAUUUGCAGAAUUUGUUUUUAAGUACUCCAACACGAAACAGAAAUACGAUGUGAUGUAUCUGCGGUUCAAUCAAUGCUCAAACAAAGAAGGCCCCGAUACAAGACAGAUAUGCAGACAUUUCUGGAAUAAACUCUAUCACUGUUCUUCAAAUUUUGAUCUUAACCUAAUUGUGCUGCAUAAAUGCUUACAAUUUCGUAAUUAUUCAUAGUUAUAUU